AUGACUUCUCUCCUCUCCUGGUUCCGACGAAUUUACUCCCUCGAUACCCUCGAUACUCGCUUCACUACAUCCGCCACCACUCCCCUCAAGGCCACUGCGGACACGCGACCUGCUUCGAGCAAAGAUGCCCGCGCAAAUGCCAUUGCUAGCAGUGCUCCGCCGGCCAAGUGGCGCACGCCGGAGUUUUAUGUUUACUAUGUGGUGUUUCUCAUCUGUGUGCCGUUGAUGUUCAAGACUGUGGUGGAUGUUUCUAGGAAAAGCCAUCCGACUUAUUCGACCUAUUCGCAUUUACUUGAGCCCGGUUGGAUACCGGGUCGCAAUGUUGACAACUCCGACGCACAGUAUGCGAGCUUCCGCGAAAACAUACCCUACCUCUUCCUCCUGCUAGUCCUCCACCCAUUGCUCCGCCGUGUAUACGAAGCCUAUUUGCGCCGCUCUGAUGCCAACAGCGGUGGCUACCAGAAUACCACCGCCGCUGCUGGAGAUGCUCGUAUGGAGCAGCGGAUACGAUUCGACUACUUCUUCGCUCUGGUGUUCAUAACGGUUCUACACGGUAUAUCUGCUUUUAAGGUUCUCGCGAUUCUGUGUGUGAACUAUAAGAUCGCCAGGUGUCUUCCCAGGGCACAGAUUCCCGCCGCGACUUGGAUAUUCAACAUCUGUACGCUGUUUGCGAAUGAGCUCUGUGGUGGAUAUCCCCUUGAACGCUUUGCUAGGCUGUUCGCGGGCUCUGGAGGCACGGGGGGGAGUGAGUCGGCCAUGGUUUUGUGGGCUCAAUCAUUGGAUAGCUUGGGUGGAUUGAUGCCGCGGUGGGAGAUUCUUUUCAACAUUACGGUUUUGCGGUUGAUCAGUUUCAAUAUGGACUACUAUUGGAGUCUGGAGUAUCCGUCCACCAGCCCAGUCGAAAAGAAGCAGCUCGAUCCGUCAACCCUCUCCGAACGAGACCGUGUCAACAUCCCCGCGGACCCCUCCGCAUUCAAUGCCCGCAACUACGUGGCAUACUCCCUCUACUCGCCAUUAUACCUAACGGGCCCCAUCAUAACCUUCAAUGACUACAUCUCCCAGCAGCGCUACGCACCUCCAUCUCUCACACGUACUCGUACCAUCCUCUACGGAACUCGCUUCCUUCUCACCCUGCUCAGCAUGGAACUUAUCCUACACUUCAUCUAUGUCGUUGCUAUCUCCAAAGCCUCUCCGAACUGGUCUCUCUACACUCCCGCCCAACUCAGCAUGAUGGCCUACUUCAACCUGCACAUCAUCUGGCUGAAACUACUCAUCCCGUGGCGCUUCUUCCGCCUCUGGGCGUUGAUAGACGGCAUCGACCCUCCCGAGAACAUGACCCGCUGCGUAUCCAACAACUACUCCGCCUUUGCCUUCUGGCGCGCCUGGCACCGCUCUUUCAACCGUUGGAUCGUCCGUUACCUCUACGUCCCUCUCGGCGGCGGCGGUGGCGGCACCAACAAAGACAGCCGCAACCCUAACAGCGCCGCCAGCAGCGGCUUCAAAUCCAAGGCGCAGCGCAUCUUCAACUUCCUCGUCGUCUUCACCUUCGUCGCCCUCUGGCACGACAUCAACCUCCGGCUCCUUAUGUGGGGCUGGCUAAUCACCCUCUUCGUUCUCCCCGAAGUCCUCGCCACGCUGUCUUUCCCGGCAAGUCGCUGGCGCUCUUAUCCACAUACUUACCGUGUGAUUUGUGGUGUUGGCGCCGUGGGUAAUAUUCUCAUGAUGAUGAUUGCGAAUUUGGUUGGGUUUGCGGUGGGGAUUGAUGGGAUGAAGGGACUUUUGGAGGGGAUUAUGGGGUCGUAUUCUGGGUUGGUGUAUUUGGUGGCUGCUUGUGGAGCGUUGUUCGUGGGCGUGCAGGUUAUGUUUGAGAUCAGAGAGGAGGAGUUGAGGGCUGGUAUUAGGUUGAAGUGUUGA